CAGUCCCAGCCGCUCCCGGAGGAGGACUGCAUGCAGCUGAACCCCUCCUUCCAGGGGAUCGCCCUCAGCGCCCUGCUGGCCAUCGACAUCUCCCUCUCCAAGCGGCUGGGCGUCUGCGCCAGCAACGCCUCGGCCUGGGGCCACGCCCGCUCCAUGGUCAGCUUCGUCGGCAUGACCGGCCACGGCGUCCUCUGGGUCGGCGCCACCCUCGUCUGCCUGGUGAAGAGCAGCACCCUGGCCGGCCAGGAGGUCCUCCUGAACCUGCUCCUCG